GGGAUUCAUGUCACUCUCUACAUUCAGUGCGCCACUUCCUUGAUACGGGAGUCCAAGCGAGGACCCGCCUCCAGCAGGCGUUCCAAGAUCUAUUGGCUCAUUUACAUCUCUCUCCUGUUUGGAGGAGCGACCAUCAACCUUGCCACAGGCAUCAAAUGGAACGAGAUGCUAUGGAUCGAUCAUAGGGACUUUGUUCCAGGAGGACCGAAUGGUUACCUGGAAAUACAUUUCUCACACCCGAUUAAUACGCUCAGUUCGGCUGCAUUCGUAUUUGACAAUAUCCUGGCGGAUGCUCUCCUCGUCUUCCGAUGUCUCAUCAUCUGGGACUACUAUCGUUACCUCAACAUUAUUCCCGUCCUACUUUUCCUGGCAUCCACGAUCCUCGGAAUAUUGACCAUGUUCCAAUCCGCCCAACCGACCGCGAGCUUGUGGACGCAUUCGACGGUGAAUGUGGCAAUCCCCUAUUGGUCUACCACAAUCUCGUUGACACUCGUCGUCACAAUUCUGACGUGCAUCCGUUUGUUCUCGGCCCGUCGUACGCUCAUCAAUGCACUGGGCGCGGAACACGCGCGCCUCUACACUUCUGUCAUGACUGUCGUCAUCGAGUCUGCGGCACUGUACUCCGUGGUCGGCUUGAUCUUCAUCAUCUGUUAUGCCCGCAAUAGUAACGUGCAGAACCUUGUUCUGCCAAUCAUGGGCCAAGCAAUGUGCAUCGCACCGCUUUUCAUUACGUUCCGCGCCGCUCGUGGACGCGCCCUGACCCGUGGCACGCUUCGCACUGGCGCUUUGAGCACCAUGAAGUUUGGUGAACGUGGAUCGAACACGGAGGCCGGGUACACGGGGGAGAGCGUGCCUGCCCAGAACGUGAAUCGCCUGUCCGAAAUCCGGUUCGGAAGCUCUACCUUGCGACAAACGGAGACGGAUCUGAAUCCCUCUUCGCUGGAGCUGAAAGGUGCGGGGCCGAAGGACAGCGCGUCCGCGAAGUCGGAGUCGGGAUUAGUUUUCGCCUAA